CGAUUAACAUGUAUUUCAGUACAACUAUAUACAUGCAUUUUCACACUUCUCGUCUCAGCUUUCUUUACAAAGCACACUCAAGAGCGUCACGACAAUGGCUGCAUUCGCAAUUAUAGGCGCGAUUAGUGCUGGAACUCAACUUGUAGCAACUCUAUGCGAUCUCCAAGUAAAGAAGAAACAGUUACAGAAAGACAUUCUGGAAGCAGAUUACGCAAGAUUACAUGAAUCUACCCUUCAGCGUUGCUUGCACCACCACGAAGAGCGGAUGCUGCAAAUGACUCUGCGCCACUUGGAACGGAAGCACGAAAGAGAAAUCCAAUUGGAAAGAUUGAUCUUGGAAAUUGAUUAUCUUAUCGAAUCUGCCAGUUUGGGAGGAAAUGAAAAUAAAAAAAAUAACCAUAUCGAUAAAACCGAUAAGUCUAAAGGAGAAAACUGGUUGAACAUCGAUAACGAUCUCGGCGUGGAUCAAGAUUUAAUGAUAUCGCUAAUUGAGGAAGCCCAAAUUCAAGAACUUGACACAAAAGAUGAUGGAGAAAUAGCGUAUCAAUUGCAACUCAUGGAACUUGAAGAUGGUAUGAAAAAUCGGGCCCAGGGACAAAUGUUUGGAGCUUUAGCUGGAGCAGCAGCCAGUGUUUACGGUACUUCUCGAACAAUGGGGUUAGAGGAAAAAAAGCUUAAAAGCCAAAUUGAUAGCGCGGCAGCGGACAGGGCGCACCAGCAGCGAAUGAUGGACGAGGACCAUCACCACCAAGAAAAAAUGCAGGAAGGCCGACUUGCAUAUCUCAGGCGCGUCCAUGCUGAUCAAACCGAACUUCAAGCGUACAAGAUGGAGUUGGAGUACGACCUGAGCAUUAAAGAAAUGAAAUUAGCGAAUCGGCCAAGCUCCGUGACGUACAAUCUUAACGUCGGAUUUCCCGAGGGACAAGGUUUGCAAGGUCAAACCAGAUGGCGUACGUUGGAUCAUCGUCCAUUGCGUGGCAACCGUAACAGGCUUCAGCUCGGCCCGUGUCACUAUCUCGGCAAUGAGGAAGAUGACGAAGAAGAAGGAGCCCCAUCUAGGGCAGUACUUCCUUCGCGGCGGCAAUAUUAAAAAUCUAGAUGAUCACUAAACCGAUGGGGAUAUUCAGUACUAUGUAGUUCGCAUGUUAGCAUACAUAAUUAUUUAAAAAAUUCCGAGCUAUGUAUGUACAUACAUAAAUACUGGUCUUGCAGUUUGGGAAUGAAUUUUCAGGCUCAAUUUCUUCUCCUAACUUUGUUUUUGGUGGCAAUGCAAGCUCGUCCCUAAUAUCCCCAAAAAUAUUUAUGCAUUCUAGUUAAAUAUCAGUAAAUAUAGGUAACAGGUAUGUACACUCUUAAUAAUCCGGUAAAGUCACACAGGUAAUGAUUUCUCGAUAAUAAAUUUGGUAAUAAUAUUUUACCAGGUAGUAAAAAUUCGUUACCAUGAUGGUAAAACUUUAUUACCAAGCCAUUACCACAUGGUACAACUUACCGUUACCACUUUUGUAGAGUAAUAUACUUGUACGUUUUGGUGACGUUGAUUACCAGAUUAUUUACAGUGUACAAGGGAACACCCUUUUCCUGUAAUUUGUGUUAAGUGUUAAAAUUAUUACACAUCUUAUUAAUAAAUUAUAUAUUUAAAAUUAUGUGUGCAACA